AGGGCCGAGCCGCCCGGCCGGUUCCAGGCGGGGCCUGGCGGGGGGUGGCGGAGCCGGGACCCGGUGUAGCCUCCCCCGCGGGUGCUCGGCGCUGCGGGCGGGCGGAGGGAAGGCGGCGGGCGGCGCAGGGCGGCCGCACCGCAUGCGCAGGAGGGCAGGUGUCGCCGGCAGCCGAGAGCCGCCGGGAGCAUCGCGGCAGCUCCGCGUCCUCAUGGUGCUGUGUCAGGGCGGAGAGGGCGACGCUGCUCCCGCAGCGGGCGGGCUGGAGCCGGAGGUGCCGCCGGGCCGGGAGGACGGGCCGGGUGCGGUGCAGCCGUGCCCCGCGCCCGGCGUCGAGGCGGCGAGUGCCGAGGAGCGCCGCGCUUGUGGCUGCUGCUCGGGCAUGUCCUGGCCGUUCUGCUGCGAGGCACCUGGGGCAAAGAAGAAAAGGUGCCCAGGACUUGGUCUGUUUUAUACCAUGCUGUCUGCCUUCCUUUUCUCAGUGGCCUCCUUGUUUAUUAAAAAAAUAGAAGAUAUACAUUCAGUGGAAGUGAGUGCAUUUCGAUGUGUUUUCCAAAUGGCAUUUGUUGUUCCUGGUUUAAUAUACUACAAAACAGGGUUUUUGGGACCAAAAGGUAAAAGAAUUUUUCUUUUCUUCCGAGGAUUCCUUGGCUCUACUGCAAUGGUUCUUCUCUACUACGCUUACCAAGUCAUGCCACUAGCUGAUGCCACUGUUAUAACUUUCACCAGUCCUGUUUUUACGUCAUUGCUGGCAUGGAUCUUUCUCAAAGAGAAAUACACCCUUUGGGAUGUUCUGUUUACUCUCUUUGCAGUCGCUGGAGUGAUUCUUAUUGCCAGACCACCAUUUCUGUUUGGCUCACGUGUUACAGGGAUUGAAGGAAGUUACUCAGAUCACGUUAAAGGAACUGUAGCAGCGAUUGCAAGCACCUUUUCUGCAGCUUCAACUAUUGUUAUACUAAGGAAGGUGGGAAAGUCUGUGCAUUAUUUUGUGUCAGUUUGGUAUUAUGCAGUCAUUGGAUUAAUUGGAUGUGUUAUAGCAUUGUUUAUUUUGAAUGAAUGGCGUUUACCACAUUGUGGUAAAGAUAGGGUUUUUCUAAUAUUAAUAGGCUUGUUAGGGUUGGGGGGUCAGAUAUUUCUCACAAAAGCAUUACAAAUAGAGAAAGCUGGACCUGUAUCAAUAAUGAGAACAAUGGAUGUGGUGUUUGCUUUUAUUUUACAAGUUCUUUUUCUCGAUCAUCUGCCAACUUGGUGGACUGUGGGUGGUGCCCUUUGUGUAGUAGCCAGUAGUUCCGGAACCGUCAUUCGUAAGUGGAGACACAGUGUGAAAAAAGCUAAACAGAGGGAAAUCUAACGAUAUAGACACCAGUUCACUACACAAACAAGCAAUCUUGAAAGAUAUAUAAAUACAAUAUUUAUUUUUAUUUAUUUAAAUAUCCCAUUUACCAAAUUGUAGUACCAAAUUAUAUCCAGUAAAAUAAGUUGAUUUUUUUUUAACCAAAAUUGAAGAUGUACUAGCAACUGAUGAGGUAUAUACUUUCCUUAGUUAUAUUUAGGCAUGCUAAUAUGGGCAGUAGAAAGAUACUUCAAAGAUAUUGCUUCCUUUCAAAAGUGUACAAUAUUUAUUUUCCUAAAGUUCCUGACCCUCCACUUAAGACUCUGUUUUUCAGAGCAGUGGAAAUAAGUCUCCCAGACUUAAUAAUAUUCUGUGCUUGAUUACCACAGGGAUUGCAGUACAAAAGUUAGAAGGGAAUGAAGAGUUGAUAAUCCGUAAACAACCAGCUUUUAUAGAACAGAUAAAGGUUGUACUUCUAUAAGCUUUCUAAUUAUUAUUUAGCACAUGCAGAUGCCAAAUGAAGAUUUAAUUUGGAUUCUAAAAAAACAAAAGUGAUUUAAUUUUUCCAAGUAAUAUCAAGAGAAAAUUAACUUGUGAAAAUUACCUAUCAGGUUUGCUUUUUAAAAAAAAAAAGCGUUUUAAGUGUUUGUACUUACUUCACAGACAUAAUGAAACAACCUAAUCACCUUUUUUUUUUUCAAAAGUUGUUUUCCCUGUAAACAUGUCUUUAGUUGCUGCAGUCUCAGAUGAGAGACAACAGUUAAUUCUGUACCACACAUAAAUUAGCCCUUUCUUCUGGUAUGGACUGCUGCGCUGUAGCUGCACUUUUCUUUAUUCUAUGCAAAAGAUUAUAUUUUUUAGGUAUUUAAUAUAGGUUAUAUUUAAUGCUUCUUAUGACCCUUUUUAGAUCCUUCUAAACAAAAGUUCUUUAUGAGACCAAGUUUGAGUCUCCUUUGCCUUCAUAAACUUAGAAGAAUUUACAUUAGAGCUUUUGCCUGUUUCCUAAGAAUGUACAAGAGUGCAAUGUAAUUGCAGCUUCACAGAAAAUGCAAGUUGGCCAAGGUCGUACAGAGAUUCUACAGAAGAGGUUUGAGGAAAGCUUGGUGGAAGGGUGACACUAUGCAUACACAUCACAUUCAGGCAUCCACACUGCAUCAGGCAGUCCUAGUGGGCAACUUUAGUCCCACUUUUCAUGCUGGCCCUUUUAAGUCUGUGUUUAUCAUUUCUCUUACACAUCUUCUCACUUUUGUAGGCUUUAUCUUGAAUGCAACAAAUACUAAAGAAAAAUAGUUUUAUUACUGAUCUUGGUGUCCUUCACAUUUCAGGAGGACUAAACAUUUAGUAUCAGGAAGUGGAAUUUUCCCAAGUUGAAACUUUUGGGUCUUGUCUCAGUAAAGUGUAAAGACAAUUUUAAUUGGAAUCUUUAUUUGGUCCUUUGUAUCUUGAGGAGGUUUUCAGUUACUUACUCAGUCUAGUGUUUUUCUAAAAGAGAAUGCUGUGUUCUGUACACUUGUUAGAUUUUUUUUUUUCUAAAUCACUAAAGGUGGUGGACAUUUCUUUUGAUUUGUAGGUGUCUGGUCACAUGUCUUUUCCUUUGCCAAUAAGCAUUGCAUCCUGUCAGGGCAGAUCCAGGGACUUCAAUCCCAAAUGCAUGGAAUGCAAUAGUACUUUAGGGUCAGAGUAUCAUAAUAUACUGAGUCAGAAAGGGCCUGUCAGAAUCAUUGAGUCCCACUCCUGGUCCUGCACAGGACACCCCAAGAGUUACACCAUAUGCCUGAGACCAUUGUCCAAACGUUCCUUGUAUCAGACAGGCUUGGUGCUGUGACUGCUUCCCUGGGGACCUUGUUCCAGUCCCCAAAUAUCCUCUGGGUGAAGAACCUCUUCCUAAUAUCCAGCCUAAACCUCUCCUGACUCUGCUUCAGGGCAUUUACUUGAGUUCUGUCACCGACUACAGGGAAAAGAGAUCAGCACCUGCCCCUGCACUUCCCCUUAUGAGGAUGUUGAAGACCUCAGUGAGGUGUCCCCUCAGUCUCUUCUUCUCCAGGGUGAACAGACCAAGUGACCUUAGCAACUCCUCAUAAGUCUUUCCCUGCAGACCCUUCACCAUCUUCAUGGCCCUCCAUUAAGCUGUCUAAGAGCUUAAUGUCUUUCUUACCUUAUGGCACUCAAAGCUGCCCCCAGCACUCAGUGCAGCUCCAGUGCAGAGCAGAGCAGGACAAUCCCUCCCUCGCCCAGCUGGCCAUGCUGUGCCCGGUGUCCCCCAGGACACCUUGGCCCUCCUGGCUGCCAGGGCACUGCUGACUCUUGCUCACCUUGCCAUCCACCAGGCCCCCCAGAUCCCUUUCUGUGGUGCUGGUCUCCAGUCUCUCCUUCCCCAGUCUGUCUGUUGCCACACCCCAGGUGCAGAAUCUGUCACUUGACCUUGUUAAACUUCUUAUGUUUGGUGAUUGCCCAGCUCUCCAAUUUAUUGAGGUAUCUGCAGGGCUUCCCUGCAUUUGAGGGAGUCAACAGCUCCUCCCAAUUUAGUGUCAUCAGCAAACCUGAUAUUCCUUGGAGCCCUGCAUCCAAGUCAUUAAUGAAGAUGUUGAAGAGAACUGGGCUGAACUAGAGCCCAUUAGAGACUGGACACCUGAUGCCACCCCAUUCUCUAACUCUUUGUGCCUGACCUGUGAGCCAGUUGCUCACCCAUCGUGUAACACAGUUAUCCAGCUGUGUGCUGGACAUUUUGUCCAGAAGGAUGCUGUGACAGUAUCUGCUGAAGUCCAAAAAGAUUAUGUGUACUGUACUGGCUUUCCUAGAUUGACUGGAUGGGCUACCCUUUAGUAGAAGAAAAUCAGGUUUGACAAUCAAGACUUGCCAUUCAUGAAGCUGUGCUGGCUGGGACCAAUGAUUGAAUUGUCCUCCAGGUGUUUUUCAUUACCUCACAGAAAAACCUUUUCCAUGUAUCUGGAUAUGAGGAGCUGUCUUUGUCCAAGUUUCUGUAGGUAAAACCUGCACCCUGAAUCUGAAUGUGUUUAUGGACAUGAGAAGAUUCCACUUGAGUGGUAGAACCAGUUCCUGCUUACAGCUGACUGUUCUCUGCUUUUCCUGAACACUGAAGCUCAGCUACUGCUGACAAGGUCAGGAAACUGCUUUAUUAUCUCUUAAAAGCCUCACAUAAUAAAAAAAAUUCCAGUUUGGCACCCUUUUUUGCUUAAUACUUGAAACUGUGAACUGGGAUUGCUUUUCUGCUGCUUAACCAUCGCUGCCAUUGAGAGCAACUUUCAGGGGAGGGAAGGAAAACAGACUGCAUUUUUUACUGCUUCACUUCUUGUGUAAUAUGCAUGUGUCUGAAUUGCCACUUACAAAGGUGUGGUUCCAAAGCUGUUCAGAUUGAUGCAGACUUGGAUUGUCAGCUAGGCCUGCUCUCUCCCCUUGGCUCAAUGCUUAUGUGGUUAUGUGAUGAGCUACCCCAGGGAGCUGAUCCAGUACAUGCCUGCUUAGUAAGGUUGUUGGAGGGCAAAACCGGAGUAGCCUAGACUUGAUGACAGUAUAAAAACAUUAGGAAGUAGAAUUUGGUAUUGGUUUAAAUUACAUCAUAUGAAUGCUGCUUUGUCAGUACAGAAGAAAAAUUAUGUGGAAGCUUACAUUAAAAAACAUCCGUGUGAUUUCAAUCAAUCUUGUUUACACUUAGUAGAGAAGAACAGUUUACUGAAGAAAGGAUUGUUUUCUAGCCCUUAACACAUAAGUAAAUGUAGAAAAUAUGCUACAUGACCAGAAAUCUACAUCUAGGUAUAGAGGUUUGUAAUUUUUGUCUCAAGUUAUAGCAGAAACUCUUUCACUAUAUUUCUUGUGCCAAAAGCCCCAGAUGAUUGUUUUUUUUCUUUGUUCAAACAUACAGGGUUUCCUUAUGGCUUCAUCUGCUUAUUUCCUCUUGCUGUUCUUAAACCUUGCUAAAUAUUUAAGUUGUUAAAAUAAUAAUCUAAACCAGAUCCUGUGUUGGAGGAUUUAUGUUUUGGAACAUUGUUUUGAUUUUGAUUGAUCUUUUAGGAAACUGUUUAACUGGAAUGAGACUGAAGGACUUGACUAGGGCUUCUCUAUCCAUAAAGCAUGACAAGCUAGUUUCUGUAAUUGGUUUUUUUAGAUGAUGUUGGGAAUUAAAGACAUUUAAGCUUUAAGUUCUUCAACCACCUCAAUUUUAAAAUUUUUCAUCCUCUCAAAUAUAGGCUAAAAACCUAAAUAUUAGUUGCAAGCCUUAAUGAAACUACAACAGUGUGCAUACCAUGAAAUGCUGGGGUUUUUAAAUUGAAAAUAUUUCUUAAAAUUUCUGUUGCGAUUGUAAAACUUUCCUUCAAAAAUUAACAGUUUGAGAAUCAGAAAUGAAACUGGCUGAGCCUUGAUUCUUUUACAUUUUUAUCUUCUUUAGCUUUUUAAUACAGCAAAUUUCUCAGGGUCAAAAGUAUUUUUCUGAGCUUUGAGUCAGAAAUAUAUUGAUGUUCGUUGUCUAUAGUGUCCUGCUGUGAUCUUUACUUUAUAAAUAUGCUAUUCUAAUAGCAACUCCUUCCUAUGUAAUAGGGUGGAAUAUUGUUGCAUUGCAAUUGCUUUGUUAUAAUGUUAAGUUUCUGUUGAAUUUCAACAUACUCAUUCAAUGUUCUGAUUUCAGUGGAUUCUGAAUAGAAGGAGUAAUAAUUAUUGAUUAUUUUGCACAGAAACAUAGGGAUAAAAAGAUUUAGUUGUUACUGAUGCAUCAUAAAUUUGGUUCAUUUGUUCUUUACUAUGCAAGACACUGUAAUUGCAGGUGGUCUUCAGUGAGACUUUGUAGCCUUAAUGCCUUAUGUACCCAACUCUUCUUUAGAAAGCUGAUGGCUUUGUACUGUCACUGUGCAGCAGCCAAUUUCUUUCAGGUUCAGUUGGUUGUUUAAAGUGUGCUCUAAAAGCCCUUUAAAUAAGGGCUUUUAAAUAAGUCUACACUGAGAAUUUGACAAGCUCAUUGUGUAGACAAGGGUGAUCUAUAUAAUUAAAAUGGAUUUCCAGCAUCUAUCUAACACCAGGCAUGAAAUAACCUCAGCAUAACAGCAUUGGUGAUAUUACUAGUUAAAUGUGUAAUUUUUAUUCUGAAAACAGAUUCCCAGUUCCAAAAAGCGGUCCAAGAUGGCGCUUCCCGGAAUUAGUAAUGACUAAAUGGAUUGUAUUUCCCUUGAUCAUAAUUUAAAAAAUAAUAACUACUCCCAUGGUAUUUUCUCUUCCUUGAGCUUUUGUUUAAGAGUUGUCUGCUGGAGGGUUUAUUUCUAGGGAGGCAGCCUCUUUUGAAGUUAUUUCCUUGCUAACUAGCAGUAGUUACCCAGGAAGAGUCUGAUUUUUAGUUCUCUAACUUACCAUGAUUACCAUGGCAGGCUCAUCUGUGGCAUCAGCCACACAAGGGUAAUAAAAACAUUGUCCCUGCAUGGAUUCAGUGUUGGCAGUGCUGACAGCAGAUGUGAUCACUGACCUCAGCAGGACAUUGCAUCUACCAGCAGAAUGUUUUUGCGGUCAUAACUGCCUGUAUAUCCAAAGAAAAGUUGUGGCUUUAUGUUCCUGCAGAUGCAGGUGACUUCAGGGGGGAACACACAUAGAGUUCUAUGGUGAUAACUUAUGUAUAUCAGAAUGAGUAAUUUCCUAUGUUAUGUGAAUUACUGUUUGACAAAAAGGGGGUAAAAUACCCUCAGCAUUAAUUAAAGGAUUUUUGCUAUGUCCUAUAUAUUGUUAAAUAUAUGUUGAAUUAUAUGUUUUGUAGAAUUUACUGGCUUUGUUAUGUAGUAGUAUAUUUUUAUAGACAAUUCUUAUAUAUUGAAAUGUUAAGAAUAUUUUCAUAAGAGAUUUAUAUUCCUUAUUGCUAAUAAAAGGAUUCUGAAUAA